AUGAAUAUAGAAAGGGAAACACACUCUUUUGUACAACUUCUAUUGGACUCAGACAUUAAUGAGAAUGUUUCAGUCAUCUCCAUAUUUGGAUUUGGAGGAUUAGGAAAGACUGCACUUGGUCAACUUGUAUACAAUGAUGAGCAUGUUACAAACUAUAUUCAAUUAAGGAUAUGGGCGUGUGUAUCUAAUAACUUCAAUUUGAAAAUAAUUGUGGAAAAUAUCAUAAAAUCUGCAACUGGUAGAAAAACUGGAGGACUUGAAAUAGAUCAAUUGCAAGAAUGCCUACGCAAAGAAAUGAUUAAUGGGAAAAAAUAUUUACUAGAUUUGGAUGAUAUAUGGAAUGAAAAUCCCAUUAUGUGGAACAAAUUAAAAACUUUGUUAAUGGGUGGUGAAAGAGGAAGUAAGAUAUUGGUAACUACAAGUAGUGAGCAGGUUGCUAGGAUUACUAGCACACUUAACUCUUAUGUCUAUCCCUUGAAAGUGCUAGAUGAAAACAAGUCUUGGUCUUUGUUCACGCAGAUAGCCUUUGCAGAUGGGAUAAAGCCAAAAGAUUCAAAACUAGUAGAGUUUGGAAAAGAGAUUAUGGCAAAGUGUGGAGGAGUUCCUCUUGUUAUAAUGACAAUAGGACAUUUACUUAGUGGCAUUAAUGAGGAAGAUGAUUGGUUGCAUUUCAAGGACAAUGAAAUGUCAAAGGUGAUUGAAAAAGAAAGCGAUAUUUUACCAAUACUCAAGCUUAGUUAUGAUUAUUUCCCCUCGCAUUUGAAUCAAUGUUUCGCUUAUUGUGUGUUGUUUCCCAAAGAUUAUAAGAUUAAGGAGCAAAAGUGGAUUUAUCUUUGGAUGGCGCAAGGGUUUCUUCAAGCAUUAGAUAAGAAUGAACGCGUUGAAGAAGUUGGUAAUAAGUAUUUUACGACUUUACUUUUGAGGUCAUUUUUCCAAGACCCAGAAUAUGAUGAAUGGGGCAAUGUAGUUGCAUGUAAGAUGCAUGAUCUUUUGCGUGAACUUGCAAAAUCAGUUGCAGGAACUGAAUGCACCUUCACAACUAUAGCCACAGAUCAAAGUGUGGAUGUUAAAUGUCGUCAUAUAUCACUUGAUUGUGGGGAUGUAAAAAAAUCAUGGAAAUUUCCAAUUGCAUUAUAUGGUGCCAAAAAUAUAAGAAGUAUACUUUUAUUUUAUCGAUCAAAUUGGAGAUUUGACUUGGAUGGUGGUUAUGAAAUUUUUUCAAGUUAUAAGUACUUGCGAGCAUUAGAUUUUGGACAGUUAAGGUUUAAGAAGUUGUUGCAUUCAAAUGGUAAGCUAAAGAGUUUAUUUAGUGAAUUUGGGCAUUUACGAUAUCUUAAUUUUUCUUAUAUGCAAAUUAAAAAACUUUUUGAUUCGAUAUCGAGACUGUGGAAUUUGGAAACGUUAGACCUCUCUCAUUGUGACAAUCUUAAGGAACUACCAAGAGAUAUUAGAAAAAUGAUGAACCGUAAGCAUCUUAUAAAUAAAAAAUGUGAUUCUUUAUGUGGAAUGCCUUAUGGGAUAGGAUGUCUGACUAAUCUUCAGACUCUAUCAAUAUUUGUAGCAAGUCAAAGAACUAGUAAACACAGUGGGAUAGAAGAAUUAAAGGGGUUAAACAACUUAAGAGGAAAACUAAAGAUUAAAAAUUUAAAGUACGAGGAAAAUGGCAAGUUGGCCAACUUGGAAAGGAAAGCAUAUCUUUGGUCUCUAAUAUUGGAUUGGGGGAGAAGUUCUAAUGGAGAGGUUCAAAACACUGAUGAAAAUGUGUUAGAAGCUCUAAAGCCACACCCAAAUCUUAAAAAAUUUAAUAUAAGUUUAUUUACAGGUGUGAAGCUAUGUAAUUGGCUAUCCUCUCUCACAAAGCUAACUUCAAUUAGCAUAAAAGAAUGUAAGAGAAGCCAAUGUAUCUCACCGUUGGAUCAAUUACCUCAUUUGAGGAGUUUGUCUCUUGCAUAUCUAGAUGUGGUGGAAUAUAUUUCGGAGGAAGCAAGUACUAGUUAUUCAACAUUCUUCCCAUCACUCAAGGAACUCGCAAUCUAUCAUUGUCCUAAAUUAGAGGGAUGGUGGAGGAGGGAUGUUGAUAAUGGAGCAGAGUUGCCUUCAUUUCCUUGUCUUUCCAAAUUAGAUAUCCAAACUUGCCUCAACUUGACGUUUAUGCCGCUGUAUCCAUCUCUAGAAGAGCUAAAGUUGAGCGAGACGAGUUCAAAACCGCUGCAGCAGACGAUGAUGUUGAUGAAUAGAGUUUCUGCCACUCUCUCCAAUUUAAAGUCUAUGCAUAUGUUUAAAAUUCCCGAUAUAGAAUCUCUGUCGGUGGAAAUGAUGCAAAAGCUCACUUCUUUAGUGGAUUUGAAAAUUUUGUCAUGUCCAAGACUCACUGAUCAAAUGGAACAAGCUAUAAAAUUUCUCCCCUCUCUCCGAAAUCUGCUUAUUAAACCCAUUGAAGAACAUGAUCCGGAUUGGAGAAAUCUUCGGUGGGAGGUUAUACCAAGAAUAGUUGAUUACAGUCGUUAUGCAGAGGAGAAUUCUGCAUCAACAGGUUGA